AUGAAUUUGCGAGAUGCAGAGAGUGGGCGGAUAUUGUGGCAGAGCACUGAAGACAUGGCUGACCCUCACCACGAGCACGAAGCACACGUUCCAAAGAGCAUACUCAAAUGUCGCACCGUAUCACGGGAAAUCAAUUUCACGUCCAGCGAGAAAAUCGACAAGUUCCGAUUAGAGCAACGAGUGUUCUUGAAAGAGAACAUUAUUGAAGGUUAG